AUGAUACUAUUAUUCCCAUCUAUCCAAAAAGUUGAUGAUUUUGUUUACAUUGGAAUUUUGCUCAUAAUACUACGCACAUGCUAUUUACAAGAUGAUAAAGGUAAUGUUAGUUGUAUUUCAGAUGGUGUACAAAUAGGGCCUGAAUAUAUCAAUUUAGCUAAUAUGUGCUUGAGGCGCUAUGAUAUCAUAGGUAAAGUUAGUUUAACGGUUUUACAAUGUGCUUUUUGUUUGAGGCUUUACCAAAAACUUGCGCCAACAUUUAACAACAGUUUUAAUAAUAAAAAUACAACAGUAUAUAACGGCAUACUUGUCCAUAUGGCUUAUUCGUUGUGA